CAAUGACACGCCACGAAGAGUUUUAAAUUUAAAAAACGGAAAAUUAUAUGUCAGAAAUACUUUAUACAUUUCUACCGACAGAAGGAUAACUCUGUUCAUUCAGCUCGCCUUGAGCUUAUCGUUUGUUCAGAUGGAGGGUUUGGAGUCAUUUGAAGAGGGUGAACUUCCCCCUUCACCUAAAGCUCAAUCGCAUCACAUCUCCAAAAACAGACGGCCUAAUAUACAAGCAUGGCAAUCAUUGAACAAUAUCCUUCAAAAGACAAACCUUAUUAAGCCGGCUCCAACGAAACUAACACAGAAUGCCAAUUAUGCUGUGACAAUUGGUAAAUCGACUAAACCGAAACAUAUCAGUCCUGUUAAACCACCAACUCGCCCAUCAGGAAGGUCAUAUUCUCCAGUUCGUUUAUCAACAGGGGAUGACUACACUGAUAUGCUUAAGAACUUUAAAAAGGUCCGGGAACAUCAGAGGUCAAGGUCAACAGAAGAUGAGAAAAUUAGGAGGAGGAAAUAUCGGGACCAUCCAAGGAACAGGCAUUUUAGCUGUACUGAUUACAAGGAAACCAUUGAUCUCACACUGUCAGAUAGUGAGCCUAUGGAAAUCAAGAGGCCAUUUCAGGAAAAGAUGAGUGCCAAAGAUAAUACAAGGAGACAACUCUACAAUGUUCCUGAUAAGAAAGUAUUUAAAUGGGUCAAUGGUGAACUGAAGCGUACAGCUGAAAACAAACAUACAGGUGUAAGUAAACAUUCGGGUGAAAAUAAGCCUACAGGUGAAAAUAAACAUACAGGUGACAGUAAACAUACAGGUGAAAAUAAGCCUACAGGUGAAAAUAAGCAUACAGGUGACAGUAAACAUACAGGUGAAAAUAAAUCUAGAGAUAGAAAUAGACAUUCAAGUGAAAAUAGAUCUACUGGAAGAAGCAAAUCUGGAGGAGGAAAUAAACCUUCAGAUGCAAACACUGUGCCAGAUCCCAAAGUUUAUGAAUCUACAAGAUUGAGUCAAUCAACUGCUGCAAAGAAACUUAGUGGUGCAAAUUCUGAGGCAAUUUCUGUAGGUGAAAGGCGAAAAGAUUUUGUAAGUCUAGUGACUGAGUAUAAAUCUUCGGGUGCAAAUAAAACUGGUGCAAAGAAACAUAUAAGUGAAAGUAAAUCUAGGGUUGCAAUUAAAUCUGCUGAUGCAAAGAAAGUUACUGGUGCAAACUCCAUGCCAAUUUCAACUGAUAAACAAAGAGAUUUUGCAGGUCUUUUUAAUGAAAAUACUUCUACUGAUAGUGCAGAUAAACCAACUGGUGCAAAUAAACCAACUAGUGCAAAUAAAAUCACUGGUGCAGACUCGGGUGAAAACCAAAAAUAUUUUCCAAACCUAUUCACCGAGCAUGCCAAAUGUUCCAGAGUAGGUUCAAAACCUGUCAUUAAAACUCCACUUUGGGUUACUAAAGACUUUGGCUUUGUAUCUGGAGGUCUAUUACAACCAACUCAUACAGGUGAUUCAAAACUGAAAGACAAUGAAGGAAAAAACCAACUUAACACUCUCCUCAAAUGUAAAUGGAAACUGGAGCCAUUAACGAAAUCAGACCCUUCUCCUAACUCCAAUGGUGCUAAAUCAGAUGAUAAUGUAAGAUAUACCAAGAAAAAGAAGGGAAAUACAAAGAAGGAUGCAUUGGCAUCUAAUAUAAUCACUGUUUCUAAGUGUCAUAAUCCCAACUGCAAAAAUAGAUAUGUCUGGCAUAAUCAGGGAGUGCAGUACAAACAUGAUGGAGCACCAUGUUGUCGUCUCACUGCUUCAGAACAUGCUGUUCUCUAUAAGUCGCCACAAGACUAUAGAAGUAACUUACCCAAUGUACGUAGCAAGCUCCUAAGUACAAAAUUCAAAACCAUAAAUCGAAAGAGUAAGAAAAAUAACAAAAAACAAACAACCCAAAAUCAAAAGAGUAAGCAACAAAGUACAAAAAGAACAACCGCAAAUCAAAAGAGUAACCAAAAACAAACAACCGCAAGCUCAAAAAAUAAAAGAAAAAGAGAAAGAAGGAGAGAAAGAAAAAAGAAAAAAUUGAAUACAGUAUUUGCAGCAAGCACUCCUACAGAGACUCUAGAAUUUAAUUCAAGUCAUAUUUUGAAACCUGACACACAUCUUAAAAACAACAAUAUUGAUGUUAACUUCAAGCCUUCAAGUGAAAUUAAUAACAAAAAUCCCCCAUUGUCAACAAUCACAUCUGAACCAUCCAUUUUAUCGAAACUGACACAUCCAUCAUUCAAGCCCUCACUUGCAACUCCUAAAGUAAAAUCAAAGCAAGUUAAGCCAUACACUGAUAGCCCAACAAUCAUUUGGAGAAAGACUCCUUACAUUAAAGACACUCAUAGACUUAUAAGCAGCACACCGGCAGCAGAAACACCCAUUUAUAAAGACCAAUCCAAAACUGGAUAUUUACCAAGAUAUUGUCAUCGUAUUGAGCCAAUUUUGGAAGAAGAUGAAGAUGAAGUGAUGAAGAACCUUGAUUUCGAUGAGAGUAAAGGUAAUGAGACUGUUCUACAUGUUCUUGAUGAUAAGGAUGAAAAAGUAACUGAUGUAAAGGAUGAUGUCUCAGAAGUACCAGCUGAGGAUGAAAUUGAUGAUACUGAUGACACAUUCAAUGAAUUGAUGAACACUAUCAUUGAAAUUAACACACACAAUUCUGAAGCUUCUCAAGAGAACAAACCAAAGACACCAGCUUCUGAGAAAAAGCCAAAUAAACUGACUUCUGCAAAGAAACCCUCCACAAUUAUCAAAAAUGAUGACAAUCAAAGAAGCAUUGAAAUUGAUCAAAGUCUUUUGAAAACUGAAGGAAACUCCACCAAUAUUGAUAUUAUAGAUAUCACUGAUGAUGUUCCAAGCAAAUAUCUAGUUUUGGAUGAAACAGGGGAAGUUGAUGACGACCACAGCCUCUUUAUAUCUCCCGAAGUUAAAAGAGCAGCUGCAAAACCCACGAAUGAAAAGACCUCCAUUGCCCUAAAUACUGAGACUCCUACACUAUAUGAUCUUACACUUAAUGAAAUAGAUGCCACCCUGUCUAGGGGAUCACUCAGCACCAUUAAUGUUCCAAGCAUAAUAGAUAUGACCAGAUUGGAAAAUGAAAGUAUUCUUGAACCACCUAUAAUUGGAUCGCAAGCGUCUGCUCCAUUUCUCUCAUUCACGUCAUCAUCACCUGCAAAGUGCAGGGAGCUUUACAUGCCUUUCGAUGAUUCUCUUUCAAAGGCUUCAAACCAAGCUCUCACUAAAAAUAAUCCAAGCCAUGUUGAAGUGAAUUUGAUGGACAUUGAUUCGAAAACUAAUGUGGAAGAUGAAAGUGUUCUUGAAGCACCCAUUAUUGCUUCACAGGUGUCUGUGCCUCUUCAUUCUUUUACUUCAUCAACGCCAGCAAAAUCUGGAUAUCUUUAUAAGCCUUUUGAUGAGUCCCUUUUGAAAGAAGCAAACAAUAUUCCUAAUCUUGAGGAAAGUAAGUAUGAGACACAAGGAAAUGGACGUUUCAAAGGCAUAAAUGUAAGUCGCCAUUCCUGGCCAGAAGAUAGAAAUAAACAUGAAAUGUCAGCAUUUCUCCCUUCAACACAUAUUAAUGAUGAUAAGUCUGACACACCAAAGCAUAAGGAAAAGAAACUAACUGAAAACACUGGUGGCAGAGCAGAAACAUGUGAGAAAACAUUAAAUGCUGGGGAUAAAACUAUAACAGCAAAUUCUGUACACAUGGAAGACUUUGUUGUUGUGGAUGAAUAUGUAAAUGAGGAUACUGAAGCAGAACAGACAAGUGAUAAGGAUAAAAUUGAUGUUGAUGCUACAGUGAAUGACUCUAUUCACCCAGUGACACAAUACAAUGACUUCCCAAGUGAACAAGAUCAGAUUGUACUUGAUGAGUAUGUUGCACCAGAAUCUGAUGAUGAACUGCAGAAGAAAAACACAUCAAAGAUAAAGAAUGAACCAACCUCUAAGGACAAGGAUACACCAACUAUGACCAACAUAAAGAAGGAAAAAUCAAUGAAUAUUAAGGAAGAACAAGAGAAAAUUGACGAUCAUCAGCAUGCAAGCAAUGACCAAGCUCAGUCUAAAUUCAAGAAUACAUCAUUUACAUCUAAGAUAAGCAAUGUUCCAACUCGUCACAGUCCAAGCUGCAGAAAUGUUUAUUUCUCGAAGUAUCAGGGGACCCAAUACAAACAACAGGGUGGGGCACCAUGUUGUCAAGGUGCUGUCAUCGCUGCAAAGCAAAGGAGUGUAAAGAAAGAACCAGUAACGAUAAAGAAAGAAAUAAAAACUGAGCGAAAUGAAGCCAUUGCUAGCAGUAUCAAAAAGAAGAAAGACACCAUCAAACAAGAGAAAAAUACUGCAAUAAAACAAGAGAAGACUUCGACUGUUAAACUAGAGAAAGUUGGAGAUGAAUCUUUAACUGUAAAAACUGAAAGUUCUCAAGUUGAAAUUGAUUCAGCUGCCACUCAUGUGAAGAUAGAACAGAACAAUAGUCAAAUCACUGUUUCUGAAUCUAGUGUUAUGGUCUUGGAUGUACCCUUAGAUCCUGAACCAGAGGUAAUAACAAUAGAAGAUGAUGAUACUUUUAUAGAGACUGAUUACAUUGUACUUGAUGGACAUAUCUCUGAAAAGGAAAACGUUACAGAUGAUGACAUUGUUAUAGAUGAUGAUAGUGAAUUUGUAUGGGACCUUGAUGAUUCAUUGACUGUUAUAUAUCCAGAAGUUAAUUCAACAAAAUUCAUGAAUAAUCUUUCGAAAAAAGUAAAAUUAGAAACUUAUGGCGAAGUUAAACUGGAAAUUGACAAUAAAGUUAAAUUGGAAAUUGACAAUAAAGGAGACAGAGCUAUCAACCUACAGCAGAAACCUACAAAUGAUAAUCAAAAUCUUAUAGAUGUUGUUAACAAACUUAAAAGGGAAGAUGAUAAUGCGGGAAAUGAGAAACUCAAAGCAUCUGAGCCUCGAAACAACAUAAAGCAAGACUGUGUUAGGAUAAUAGUUGAAGAUGAAGAAAUUAUUAGUCUGGAUAAUGAACCAGGAAUCACAAACAAUGAUAAAGUUGAUGGAAUUCAAGCAUCCAAAAUAACCUCUGCUCCAUCACUUGGAAACUCUCUACAGGACUCGAUGGCUUCAACCAACACUACAUCAAUGUCAUCAGGAAUCAACCAGAAUCUAAAAGUCAGUCACAACCCAAUUGCCAGUCACAGUCUGAAAGUCAGUCACAACCCAAAACCCAAUCACAGUCUGAAAUUCAGUCACAGUCUGAAAACCACAAAAGCCAGCUACAGUCUCAAAGCCAGUUACAACACAAAGCCCAGUCACAAUCUGAAAGCCAAUCACAACCAAAAGGCCAGUUGCAAUCUGAAAGCCAGCCACAACCCAAAAGCCAGUCACAAUCUGAAUGCCAGCCACAACCCAAAAGCCAAUCACAAUCUGAAAGCCAGUCACAACCCAAAAGCCAGUUGCAAUAUGAAAGCCAGCUACAGUCUGAAACCAAGCCAGAGUCUGAUAACCAUCCACAAUCUGAAAGCCAGAUGCAAUCCAAAGACCAAUCGCAAUAUGAAAGCCAGUCACAGUCUGGAAGCCAGUCACAGUCUGAUAAUCAUCCAGACUCUGAAAGUCAGACACAACUAA